CUGGGGUAUUAUCACCAACUGUCCCCCAACACGAACAGAGACCAAGGGACAGUUAUCAGCCGUUGGACGGUCGGAGAAGUUGAUAGCCUAUAAUAACUUAACGCGAUACAACGGAGGGUUUUCAAAUUGGCACACAGCGAUUUUCUUCCAGGCUUUGGUGGAGGAGUGAAACGCUUGUCUUUGUUGGGUAAUAUAUCCAGCCAAGGGAGAUAACAUGUCGAUGCACUUGUAUCAAAUUAGCAGUAAACUGCUUGGGGACACUGUUGGGAAAAUGAACGACAACCUGACCUCCAUAGUGCUGGCAGCCUCUGUCAUCACUCUCACCCUGGGAUAUAUUUCCAAAAUGCUGCUCAGACAGUCCUCCGACAAGGAUUUGAAAUAUCCACCUUACAUUCCCUCCUGCAUCCCCUUCCUGGGUCAUGCCAUUGCAUUUGGGAAAAGUCCCAUUGAAUUCCUUGAAGAUGCCUAUGAAAAAUACGGCCCUGUGUUCAGUUUCACCAUGGUGGGGAAAACCUUCACCUACCUGCUGGGCAGCGAAGCAGCAACACUGAUGUUCAACAGCAAGAAUGACGACCUGAACGCAGAGGACGUCUACUCCAGACUCACCACCCCAGUGUUUGGCAAAGGAGUAGCGUAUGAUGUGCCAAACCCCAUCUUUCUGGAACAAAAGAAGAUGUUGAAGACCGGACUGAACAUUGCUCAUUUCAAAGAACAUGUGAAAAUCAUUGAGGCAGAGACCAUUGAGUAUUUUGAGAGAUGGGGAGACAGCGGAGAGAAAAACCUCUUUGAGGCCUUGUCUGAGCUGAUCAUCCUGACAGCCAGCAGCUGCCUCCAUGGGAAGGAGAUCCGCAGCAUGCUGAAUGAGCGAGUGGCCCAGCUCUACGCCGACCUGGACGGGGGGUUCAGCCACGCUGCUUGGCUCCUGCCCGGCUGGCUGCCUCUGCCCAGCUUCAGGAAGAGGGACAAAGCUCACAGAGAGAUCAAGAACAUCUUCUUCAACGUGAUUCAGAAACGCAGGAGUUCUGGAGAGAAAGUGGACGACAUCCUGCAGACCCUCAUCGAUGCCACCUACAAAGAUGGACGUCCCCUGAACGAUAACGAGAUCGCGGGGAUGCUGAUUGGUCUUCUCCUGGCGGGUCAGCACACGUCCUCCACCACCAGUGCCUGGAUGGGUUUCUUCCUGGCCAGAGACAAGGCUCUGCAGGAGCGCUGCUACGCUGAGCAGAGAGCUGUGUGUGGAGAAGACCUGCCUCCACUCGACUUUGAUCAGCUGAAGGAUCUCAGUUUGUUGGAGCGCUGUUUAAAGGAGACCCUGCGUCUCCGCCCGCCCAUCAUGACCAUGAUGAGGAUGGCUCGCUCUCCUCAGACUGCAGCAGGCUACACUAUCCCUGUGGGCCACCAGGUCUGCGUCUCCCCAACCGUCAACCACCGCCUGCACGACACCUGGGCGGAGAGGAUGGAGUUCCACCCCGACCGCUACCUUAACGACAACCCUGCUGCAGGGGAGAAGUUUGCCUACGUGCCGUUUGGAGCCGGACGUCAUCGCUGCAUCGGGGAGAACUUCGCCUAUGUCCAGAUCAAAACCAUCUGGUCCACUUUACUGCGCAUGUAUGACUUUGACCUGGUGGACGGAUAUUUCCCCACAAUCAACUACACCACAAUGAUCCACACCCCUCACAACCCCAUCAUCAGAUACAAGAGGAGAAAACAGUGAGAGCUGAAGGAAGCCAGUGAAAGGCGAGGAGCACAGACAGGAGGAAACAGUCCAACGUCCUGAGUGUUUGAAGUGGAUCUUUAACUUCCUGGGACUUGAAUUGAGGAAAUUUUAGGUGAAUGAACUUUGCUCUAUCUAAAUAUCAA